AUGGAGGCGAGAGAAAGCGAGGAAGCAAAUGAUAGCGCUAAUCAUGAACUAGGCUCUGAAGGGUCUGGGCAAAAUUCCGCCGGAGUAGGAGCCAAGCCACCUGGGACGACCAUCACCGAUCUGGAACAAGCGAAACUAGCUGCGAAAACGAGCAGCGGAUCUGUAGAGCGGCACAGGGAAAGUGGGCAAGGCAGUGUUUCCGAAGACCCCACCAAGCAUUCCGUUAGUAGUCAACAAGUGAAUGGGCAAGAACGAAGUGUAGCUGCAGUAGGCACAACAGAUCCACAUAAGGAGAUGCUGAACAACACCACACAACGGUUAGACGCACAGGCAGCAAUUGACUCAGUGGAGACCGCAGAGAAACACACAGUGGAGGCUGAAGUUCUAGCGAAGCGAACACAGACUAUCAGUAAUGAAUUUUCAUCGACUCCCACUUUAGAACCUACCUGGAAGAGAAUGCCCGACUGCGAGGAAACAGCCGUUGGCCCAAUUAGUUCAGCAACAGGUACAAUGGCGACAAAUGGAGGUUCUACCCCUGUAGCGUUGCCAUCAGGAAGGGCAGCAACACUUCUCUCAACAGCAGUGGAAACCGAAGCACCAGCCAUGGAAACACGAAAAUCCUUGCCUGAAAAGGACUUCAACGGUGGCAGUCGCCACUCUGACCCUUCAUCGAAAACGAGCCCAACUGCGGAACAGCGAAACCCGCCAACUGUAAAAUCAAAAGGUGUGCAUACACCCAACGAUGUCCUGAAUGCCUCACCACCAUAUGAGGAGGAAGAAGAUGAUUUGCCCACUUUUGCUGACGAAGAAAGCAUCGCUUUAUAUGGCGAGAUACGCGAUAAGCAAAGGCUACUGUCCAGACAAGGGACAGAGCUAGGACAGAAGGCUGAGCGAGUAGUGCUCAUGCGGCAGCAUCUGCAGCAACUGAAAGCCGAGGCCGACCAUUUAGAAAACCUCGUAGCUGCAAAGGAGGCUCACAUAAAGAGUGAUAAGCAUAUGGAGGAGGUGGCAGUUCGCCAAUCCAGCAAGCUCAAAACCGAGGUGCAGCAGCAACAGCAACAGCAACACCACCUCCAAUCUAGACUAACGGCACUGCAAGUGGGCGUUGCUAAGGGGCAGGAACAGAUGGAUUGCUUCAAACUACGGAUGAAGUGGAAUGAGGAGGAACUGUCCCAAUGGCGUUCAGCUGCCCACCAAAAAGAAGAGGACUUAGCAUGCCUCGCCGAGUUCAAGAAAAAAGAUGACGCGCGAGCUGCAGGGCUAAUGGCGCAAGCACAGCGGGCCUCUACCGAAGUGAAUGAGGCAAAGAAGCGCCUACAAGAGGAGCAAACGGCAGCGCGUGCCGCAAGGGCAGAGCUCCAGCGGUCUCUAGAGUAUUUUGCCGAGCAACAGAAGGACAGAGCACUUCUAAUCGCGCAGGGACAGCAAGUUCAAAACAAGGAACUUCAGGCUUUAAUAGCCAGCUUAGAGCAACAGUUAAGCCUCUGCAGGUCGAGCUACUCCAAUGCAACGAUGGCCGUUAGCCAAUUGACAGAAGAGGUGGCCAGUCUGAGAGGGCAGCUCUCCGCUACAGCUACUAGAGGAAAAACAGCAAAAGGGCAGCUAGUGGAGCUCCACGAGAGCCUCGCCAUUCAAAAGCAGCGUCUAGAGUCCAUGAAUAAGAAAAAAGAGGCAGCGCAGAGAAAGCUAGCGAAGGAACAGGAAAACGUUCGAUCGGCUGGGGAGGCGGGAGAUGCGAGAGAAGCGUUUCACGCUCAGGUAGCUGCCCGGCUGCAGCAGCUGCAGCAGAAGGUCAAGUCAAGCAGAGACAGUCUAUUUGGAGUAGCGCAAAGGCUUGCAGAGGAAAAGACAACACUGAAGAUGAAACGGGGAGGUUUAAGUAGCUCAAAAAAUGCCUUGAGGAGUCUUCAUGCCCAGCUGCAACAGCAGGAGGCAGAGAAAAGCAGACAACAGGAACUGCUGUAUUCUAUUGACUUCCAGUGCCAAGCAAUGCAACGGAGAGUCUCUCGCAUCUCGGGUUAUAAGACUGCAGCAGAGACAAAAGCCCUUCAGAAACAGAUGAAGGAACUACAAGCUGAAUCGCAACUGCAACAAGAGGAACAUUCAAUGCUCUCCUCUCAAGUCAAGCACCUUGAUGGUGAAUUAAGGAAGGCUCAACGAACACUUGCGAGGAUUGAUGAAGAGGACAGUCGGUGUGCUAACAACGUGGGAGACCUUCGUCUGGCUUGCGCCUCUCUUGACCGAGAACUACAAACGACUGUCAAGCAGAAGGAGAACCUGGUUCUUGCCGAAUCUCUCAGAAAGCUCGAGGUCACACGGCUUCAUGAGGAAUUGGAGGCUUGCGCCGAUGCCUCUCUCGAAGCAGAGAACAGGAAGGUGCAGCAUCAGCUACAGGUGCAAGAAGCCAUCGCUGCCAUGGACGUUGAGCUGGAUGGCGCUAGAGGACAACUGCGAGCGGUGGAGGAAGAGAGGCGCAAGCUAAUCAAGGAGGCAGCAGAGAGGAAGUCCAAAAUAUCAGCGCUGGAGGCGAGAUACGAAAAUGUUGUGCAGAGCAGCCAGACGGCCGAUGGCGCAGGACGUUCCCAGGCCUACUACGUCAUUCGUGUUGGGCAGGAGCGCGAGGAGCUUCAGCGGAAGGGAGCUGAGAUGCAACGCAGGCUGCAGAACGCUAGUGUCGAGGUACAGGGCCUUCAAGCUUCUCUAAAAGAUGUAUCUCUCUCCAACAGCCGCCUGCGUUCCAGGCUUCAACAAGAAACCGGAGCCCUUGGUUCCCUACGUGAGCAAAGAGCAGAGAAGGAGGGGGCCCUCUUCCUACGAAAUCAUAUGGUUUUCACACAGCAACAGCAAAUCUGCGUACUAAAAGAAGCUAUCGAGAAAGAAGAGCGCUGCCUCGAACAAACGAGGCAGAAACACCAGUGUAUUCUGGACAGACUGAAGGACAUUGACGAAAAGAGAAGAAAUGUAGAGAAAGAGAGCGACUACAUCGAUGAAAAACUGCAGCGUUCGAUGAAGCAGAGGCUUAAGCUGCAAACGAGCAUACAAAAACGCCGUCGGGUUGCUGCACCCUCAAGUCAGCCGGUAGAGGUGAACGACGAGUGCCAAUUCUGCAAUGCCGAGAUACAGUGUCACGCGGAGUGCCUCAAAGGCAUGUUGCAGAGUCUUUAUCGCUCCAUGGGGUAA